CUAACCAGGAAAACGCUUGGCCACACAGAUUCCCAAAAUUUCGCGACCCCGGAACCGCGAGAGAUUCUGCAACCCAUCACAAAGCUCCCUCUUGUCGACGACGACGCAGGUACGUUUAAUCGACCGAGAAGUAGCUUUCUCCCCAAUUCUCAAUUCUAACUCGGCAAUUUUUCCAGAUCCACCGCCAAAAUGACGAAGGGUACCUCCAGCUUUGGCAAGCGCCACAACAAGACCCACGGGAUCUGCAGACGCUGCGGUCGCCGUUCUAUGCACAACCAGAAGCACACCUGCGCUUCGUGCGGCUACCCCGCUGCUAAGACCCGCAAGUACAACUGGUCCGAGAAGGCUAAGCGCAGAAAGGUUACCGGCACCGGCCGCAUGAGAUACCUCAGCACCGUCUCCAGAAAGUUCAAGAACGGCUUCCAGACUGGUGUCCCCAAGGGCUCGCGGGGUCCCAACACCGCUUCCGAGUAAGCAGGUCGUCUUCGGGCAUUGAUGGGCUGGAACAUGGAUGACGGGACGGGUCGUUUUUGGCGAGCGGUGUAAACGGGCGCUGGGAUUCACAAAUUUAUUCCGGACGGGGAAACCAUGCUCGCGGUUUUUAUGCUUUGCUGCUUUCAGUCAUCACAAAUGGUAUGCAUCUCGGCGGGCAAAUUGGGGUCAUAAAACCACAGAACACAAAAAUCGCGAAUGCACUCGCGACGAACCAACUACCAUCCAGACCAGUUUAUCCAUGGGCACGAGAGUCAAGCAAAAAAAAGUGAUGAAACAGCAUCAAGGGCAGACGGUUUUAUGAAAGGCGUGAAGGUGUUUGUUAUUACUGGGACAGCCCAGCAGACGCUCCCAAGAGUCAGGCGCAAAGGGGUU